AUGGACCGCAUCAAGUCGCUUUUGGCGCCGGCCAAGGUCAGCUCGAACGAGUAUGAGCCACUUACGGACGGGGACUCCGGGGCACUUGAGGGCUCUAUUUUCGACGAAGGGCCGCCGUUCUCAUGGAUGGAAUACUCGAUCUUUGCCCUAAUCGGCGUUGCGAUGCUGUGGGCAUGGAACAUGUUCCUCGCUGCGGCGCCCUACUUCCAAACCCGAUUCCAGGACGACCCUUACAUCCUCGCUAACUCGCAGUCGGCGGUGCUUGCCGUCUUUACAAUCUGCAAUCUGCUGUCGAUGCUGGUGCUCACCAAUAUCCAGUCCUCCGCGAGCUACCCGUUCCGCAUCACCGCAGGCCUGCUCAUCAAUGCCGUCAUCUUCGCCCUCCUGACCGUCUCAACCUCUUACUUCCUCGACGUCUCGGCACCGGCAUACCUUGCUUUCCUUCUCCUCAUGGUCGGCCUGACGGCGUGCACAACGGGCAUGAUACAAAACGGCGCCUUUGCAUUCGCAGCCAGUUUCGGCCGGAGCGAGUACACCCAGGCCAUCAUGGCCGGACAGGGGGUUGCAGGCAUUUUGCCGCCGCUAGCACAAAUGGUCUCGUUCUUAGCCUUUGCCCCAUCCUCCCCGUCGUCCUCGGGACCCGACCGACCAGGCGGAGUGGCGGCAGCAGCAGUACAAACCCCAGCCGAAUCCGGCGCCGCCGCCUUUGUCUACUUCCUCACCGCCGUUCUCAUCUCGACGCUCACCGUGGUGGCCUUCAUACCCCUGUUAAGGCGGCACAGCCGCCUGCCGCUGCGUCGGGCGGAUGCCGAUGGCGAUGCCGAAGACGACGGCCUCUCACAGCCAAAUGGCCUCGAAGGUGCGGGGGCGGGGGCGGGGGCGGCGCGGAGUAGGACGACAACAGCAACAACAACGAGGCGUUUCGUCAGCAUGACGACGCUGCUGCGCAAGCUGCGGUGGGUGUCGGCGUCGGUGUUUGUGUGCUUCGCGCUCGCCAUGUUCUUCCCCGUCUUCACGGCCAAGAUCCUCUCGGUCAAUGAUGAUAACGGUGGCAGCGGCGGCGGCGGCGGCGGCAUUAGCCGGCUGUUUGCGCCGGGCGCCUUCAUCCCGCUGGGCUUCUUCUUCUGGAACCUUGGCGAUCUUGCCGGCCGCGUCGCCACCAUCCUGCCCUUUUCUCUCCGACACCGCCCCAAGGCCCUGUUUGCCUUUGGCCUGGCCAGGGUGCUGUUUCUGCCGUUGUACCUGCUGUGUAACCUCCACGGUGAGGGGGCCGUUGUGAAGAGCGAUCUGUUUUACUUGCUGGUGGUGCAGUUCCUGUUCGGAUUGACGAAUGGUUGGCUUGGGUCGAGCGCCAUGAUGGCGGCCGGGGAGUGGGUUGCUGACGACGAGAGGGAGGCCGCGGGCGGGUUUAUGAGUCUGUGUCUGGUUGCGGGGUUAGCGGCGGGUAGUUUGUUGAGUUUUACCGCUGCUGGUGUUUGA